AUGAGGUCGGUAUUCAGCGCCCGCUACAACGGGGCGCUUGUGCGGCGCCUCGGGGUUUGUCUCGACGAGCCAACGGGACGCAGAAACCAAUUCCUCAGCCUUAAUGGUCAACGAGACGGGGAGGAAUCGGAGGAGCGAGGACGAGAAGCAGGGCUGGAUGAGGCGGGGACUGGAAGCAGUUCACCGACGAAGGCUUUCACGUCGCUGAGGUUCUUGACGGAGCCUUCGGACGCCGUCACCAUGCGCGGGAGCAACGUGCUGUUGAACUGCGCGGCGGAAUCGGAUCGGGGAGCCCCCGUUAUUAAGUGGAAGAAAGACGCCGUCUUCUUAAACCUGGCGGUGGACGAAAGGAGGCAGCAGUUGGCCAACGGGUCGCUCCUCAUCCAAAACAUCGUCCACUCCAGGCACCACAAGCCGGACGAAGGGCUCUACCAGUGCGAAGCGUCUCUCGAAGACGUCGGAGCUAUCAUCAGCCGCACGGCCAAGGUCAUGGUAGCAGAAGUAACGCUAGAUAUGACACUUCGGCGACAACGAGAACUCAUGAGGCGGCUUUCUGGCGUUGGCAGCCUCUUUGUGUUUAAAAAGCGCCGCGUAGGGAUGCGGCAAAAAGACCGGAAGUUUCUUACCAGGCAUUUGAGAACGGCUGCUCGUCGAUUUUAA